AUGCGCGAAAGGCAGAGCGACGUGUCGCGGUUCCGUGACGUCUCACGUUCCCCGCAGGCUCUUCUCUCUCUCCUGAAGAUCCUCGGGAGCGGCUCUUUUUCCGGCGCAGACGCUCCUCCGUUUCCGCUCUUUUGGGUCUCUCGCUGCUCCGGCUCAGAAAUGGCGGUGUCUCUCGGGGAGAUGGCCGCGGUCGGCGGCGCCAGCCGUUUGCGACGGCAGCUGGAAUCCGGGAGUUACGCGGCGGAGGAGUACGUGAAGCAACUGUCCCAACAGUCGGAUGGGGACCGGGACCUGCAAGAGCACCGGCAGCGCAUCCAGGCGCUGAGCGAGGAGACGGCGCAGAGCCUCAAGCGCAACGUCUACCAGAACUACCGGCAGUUCAUCGAGACGGCCCGCGAGAUCAGCUACCUGGAGAGCGAGAUGUACCAGCUCAGCCACAUCCUCACCGAGCAGAAAGGCAUCAUGGAAACCGUCACUCAGGCCCUGUUGCUGCAGGCCAAUGUCGGCGAGAGGGAAGACCCGGCUGUCGCGGGAGCCCGGCGAGCUGCAGCUGCCGCCGCCGACCCUCACGCCAACCCUUUCCUGCCUCUCUCCGGCAAGGACGCCUCGGCCAACGAGGAAGGCCGACAGCGGACUCUCACCACCCUCCUGGAGAAAGUGGAGGGCUGCCGGGACCUGCUCCCGGAGAGCCCUGGCAAGUACCUAGUGUACAACGGGGACCUUGUGGAGUACGAUGCUGACCACAUGGUGCAGAUCCAGAAAGUCCACGCUUUCCUUAUGAACGACUGCCUGCUGGUGGCAGCGUGGCUGCCCAACCGGCGGGGCAUGUACCGUUACGAUGCCCUCUACCCACUGGAUGGGCUGGCGGUGGUUAAUGUCAAGGACAACCCCCCCAUGAAGGAUAUGUUCAAGCUGCUGAUGUUCCCCGAGAGUCGCAUCUUCCAAGCUGAGAAUGCCAAGAUCAAGAAAGAGUGGUUGGAAGUGCUGGAGGAGGCAAAAAGAAACCGAGUUCUCAGUGAGAAACGGAGGCUGGAGCAGGAGGUCCCAACGCGGGCUCUUCCAAUGCCUGCAGAGACUACUAAUCCGUUUGAAGUAGACGAGGAGGAAGAGGAGGUGGAGGAGGAAGAGAAGGCAACGCCGGAAGAAGAGAUGGUGGAUCUGUCUUUAGAAUGGAUUCAGGAGCUGCCAGAAGACUUGGAUGUCUGCAUUGCUCAGAGAGACUUUGAAGGGGCGGUUGAUUUGUUAGAUAAGCUGAAGGAAUAUCUGAGUGACAAACCUGUGACCCAGAUGGUUAGAGAAUUGCGAGCUAAGGUGGAUGAAAGAGUCCGACAGCUCACUGAGGUCCUUGUGUUUGAAUUGUCUCCGGAUAGGUCUCUCCGAGGAGGACCCAGAGCUACCCGGCGAGCUGUUUCUCAGCUCAUUCGCUUGGGCCAGUCAACUAAGGCAUGUGAACUUUUCUUGAAAAAUAGGGAAGCUGCUGUUCACACAGCCAUCCGACAGUUGCGCAUUGAGGGCGCCACGUUGCUGUAUAUUCACAAACUUUGUCAUGUCUUCUUUACCAGCCUGUUAGAGACUGCAAGAGAGUUUGAGACAGACUUUGCUGGAAACAGUGGGUGUUACUCAGCUUUUGUGGUCUGGGCCCGGUCUACCAUGCGGAUGUUUGUAGAUGCAUUUAGCAAACAGGUGUUUGAUAGUAAGGAGAGUUUAUCUACUGCGGCUGAGUGUGUAAAGGUGGCAAAGGAACAUUGUAAGCAACUUGGCGAUAUUGGUCUGGAUUUGACCUUCAUUAUUCAUGCCCUAUUAGUAAAGGAUAUCAAAGGGGCUCUGCAGAGCUACAAAGACAUCAUAAUUGAGGCCACAAAACAUCGCAACUCUGAAGAGAUGUGGAGGAGAAUGAACCUUAUGACCCCUGAAGCCUUAGGAAAGCUUAGAGAGGAAAUGAGGAGCUGUGGUGUGACCAAUUUUGACCAGUACACUGGAGAUGACUGCUGGGUGAAUCUUAGCUACACUGUUGUGGCUUUCACGAAACAGACCAUGGCUUUCUUGGAGGACGCUCUCAAGUUGUAUUUCCCUGAGCUGCAUAUGGUUCUGCUAGAAAGUCUUAUGGAGAUAAUCCUUGUGGCCAUCCAACAUGUUGAUUACAGUUUACGGUGUGAACAGGAUCCCGAGAAGAAAGCAUUCAUCAGACAAAAUGCAUCUUUCCUUUAUGAAACUGUCCUUCCUGUUGUGGAAAAAAGAUUUGAGGAAGGUGUUGGAAAGCCUGCUAAGCAGUUGCAAGAUCUGAGGAAUGUUUCACGACUAAUGCGUAUUAAUCCUGAAAGUACUACCUCAGUGGUGUGAAAUGUGAUGCCUCAGUAGUUUUCAUAUAGAGAUUGUAUAUACUUGUGUACAUACAUGCAUAAAGAUAUGUAUGUACAUACAUACAUAAACUCCUGAUGAUUAUCAAACAUGGCAAAGCUCUCAUUAGUUAAUUAUGUUCUGCAAAUACAAGAGACAGCAAGUAAAAAAAGGAAAAGAAAGCAAACACGGUAGUUAGAAAGCUCAAGUAACAUCUUUUUUUGAAGGUCUGAAAGUGACUGUUUAGAUUUCAAAACAUAAUGACAUCUGUUUAUGUUAAUAAAUAAUGUUAUUUAAAUGUAUGUAAUUAGGUGCUCCAGGAAAAAAAAUUCUGACCUUUUUAGGAAUGUAAAUUAUGAGAUGUGUCUUGAUUUCUCCAUAUUAGGUAGGGGUGUACAUGAAAUAGAAAUAAUGUUCUAAACAUUCUUCCCAAUGUCCUGUUGAGCUGUUCCAUAUCAGCCACAGUUUAGCAGAACCCAAAUCCAGAAUGCUUUGGUUAUUCUGGGUUUCAAAUGGAACAAAAUCUAAGUGGGCCAAAUAGGGUUAGAUAGCAUGCACUACACCUCUUUCCCUUUCUCUCCCUCAAUACUUGCCAGUAAGCCAUAUCUCAUUAUACUGGGUGCAGCCAAAGGGAGAAAGAGAAAGAGGGGAGACCUGCGCUACCCCUUUCUCCAGUGCUUUUCCUUUAAGCCACAUCCAGUGUUCUAGUAGUGCAUAUACCAGUGGCCCUUGCCCCCGUUUUCCUGGCACCUUCCUUCUCCUUUGCCAGAAUGGCAUGUAACACUGACUUGCCUUUCUCACUGAUUGGCCCAGGAUUUGCCUUCCUUUCAGAUGCCAGAGUUCCUGUCAUGUUUCCCCCCCCUCCCCCAAUCACUUCUGCCUGAAACAAAACAACUCUUGUUUGCUAUUCACAGUCCAUCAUGCCAAAACAUGCAUAUCAGUUUGGGCAUUAGCCGCCUAAAGCUGGCUAUAUCAUGCAUGAAACGUUUUAUGCAUCUUUAGUAUUAGACAAUUUCCCAUUGUUUCUAGGGUAGCAGAAAUUGUGUAGGAAACAAAGCAGUCUUGCAUGAAUCCCUCUGGGAUGAUGAGGAAAUACUACAAAAAGCUGCAGUCAACAGUUCAGUUCAAAAAGAUCCAGCUUAAAAUUUCUUUGAAAUCUAUCAUUCAGCAUGGGGCCUGCACUCUUAAUGGCAGCAUUUCUAUUACACACACAUUUUUGGCAAUAAUAAAUGCUACUUUAAGUAUAAAAUUUGCUUUUUGAUUUUCAGCAGGUGAAACAUGAAUAAUUUCAUGUUUCAUCUAAUAAUAUAAUAAUUGUCUCAAAAAAGUAAGCCUGGCACUAUUUGUGAAUUUUGUUGCUGUUUUGCUGAUUUCACUGAAGCCAAAUCUACUUUAAAAAAUGAAACUUCUUAGUUAGAAAUGGAAAGUGCUAUAACUAACUAAAGAACAAGUUGUACUUGAUCUAGUUUUCAUGGACCCAUCUACACAUUUCCUUUCAAUUGCAAACAGUGAUGUUAAUUUGAGAGAAGAUACGUAAUUUAUUCAGUUCAUUAUGUCCUUAUGUGGUCAUCAGUGAUCCACUGAACAGUGAAAACCGGAAAGAAAUGGAGAACAAUUUUACAAUGUUAAUAAAUCUGAUUCCCUGAAAAUUCCAUGAUAUGAAAAAUCACCCACAUACAACUAAAUAGUGAAGGGUGGAAUAAGGGUGGAGGUUUACCCGAGUUAAAAAAGUAAAAAUUUACCCAGGCAAAUAUUCAAGGCGUAAAACUAGUAGUAGUUCUUUCCAUAGUUUUGCCCACAGUGAUUAUGUAUUAAUAUGGGUAGAGGGUUAGAUUUGUUUCUCUUUUUUAAUAAUAAAUAUACUGUACAAGGUAAAUGCCUAUUGAAGGAAUCCCUAUCAAAAAUAUACUGGUGGUGUAUAAUUAUCUAAUGAGUACUAAGCCAGAAUUAAUAACUCCAGGGAAGUGCUCCAAUUUGUUGGAAAAAACAUGUUCAGUAGAAUGUAAAAUGAAAUGCUACAUUGAAAAUAUUAAAGACUUGCUACUACCAUGUUGUGGCCUUUAAAAUUGUGUAAUGGAGAUUGGGUGAAUUGACUUUGCCAUUUAAACAAAUAUUCCAGAAAGAAGAGGCAAGAGGAAAAGUUAUUGUUACCUCACAUUUCAGUAAAGUUUGAGUCAAACUAUAUGAAGGUGGGAUUGUCAUACAUGUUCUGUUCUAGCCGAAACAGUCAUGAAGCAGUCAUGAAAAAACAUUUCUUAACAGGAUAUCUGCAUCUUUUUCCAGAGGAAAGUGGGUAUAAAAAUGUUUUGAACAUAAACAAUCUAAUAUGCGCUGGAGGUGUAUAUAUGCCUGUAUUUCAAAGGACACAAUUAAAUUCUGCCACUUUAUAUGCCACAAGAAAAGAAAGGCCCUAAUGCUGAGGGUUAUACCAGUUUCAUGCCUCUUGUAUAGAUAAGACAACAUUAUUUCUCAGGACUGUGCUUGUAUCAGCCUGAGCAGACCAAAGAAGCUACCCUUUAAUUUGUGGGAAGUUUAUAGGGUAGAUCUAAGUAUCUGAACAAUACUAAAUAGUUGAAAUUUAGGAAUGUAUUCAAUUUAUGGCAGGCCCUAAAAUUGCAUGCAGACUUAAUGAAGGGAAACACUGCCCAAUGUCCAGGUUGUUUUUUUUUAAAUUUAAUACAAACAAGUAAGUUGGCAUACUUAGAACCCUUUCUAUUUCCCCCCACAAUAACAACCCUGUUAAGUAAGCUGGGCUGAGACAGAUUGACCCAAGGUCACCUAAGAAACUUCUCUGGCAUAUAAUAAGUGGCAGUGUGUGGCAGAAUUGGUCGCAAAGCACCAAUUUUCAGUAUUAUUUUGUUUCCAAGUGUUAAAAAAAAAUCAGACCUAAGACGUUUAGGAGAAAAGGGUUGCCUGCCACCCAUGUUUUAUGUAAGGAACCACGAUUACCUAUCCAACCACACAAAAAGGUAAAAUUGAUGGGUAGGGAUCCUAAAGGCAGCAAGAGAUAGCAACCUUAUUAGCCUGUUUUUUUUUAAAAAAAAAUUUUUUGUAAUUGUCCAUGAUGGCAGCUGUUUUCUGUGAAAGACCAACCUGCCAGUUGGUGAAAUGCCUAUUACAUGCCCACAGAAUUUCAAUUCAAAUGAUACGAGAGACCCUUUUUAAAGGCAGCUUUAUGAAAGGAAUAGAUCCCUUUAUGGAGAGAAAGCUUAUCCAUAGCUAUUAGCCAGGAUGGUGGGCUGGAGAAGAGACUUGAUGCUGUGGAUCUUGGAUUGAUGUGCGGGAAGCAUUCUUAAAUAUGCAUGAAUUUGUGAGAUGCAGGGAUUAACAGUGCUGAAUACACAUUAUCACUGACGCAGUGCAACACAAAUUAUUAUCCCAAUGCUCAGCUGCUAAUCAGAUCAGGCACAAGCCUUGUCUAUUUAUUUUUUGCACUGAAGCCUGAAAUGACACAUUAAAUGCUUAUAGGGAUAGUGCUAUAUAACCUCCAGAUGAAUGAAAUUAGCUGUGUUCAGUCAUUUAUACUAAAUGUCUACCAGUUACCUAUUUAUUUGAUCAGCAUAACUGCUUAGGGAGACAAUUAACUGGAAAAUGAUACAUAUUUGUCAUAUGCAGUAUUUUGCUGUAGGGAACAGCUUUAAUUCUAAUGGUUUUGAAUCUCUGAAAUAAUUGCUCUGAUUUUUUGGUUAGACAUUUAUUUAUUUGGUCAGUCAGUAACCAUUCAAGGAAACAUUUGAAUAUCACUUUAGAAACUCUGAUUUUCAAAACAUAGUUUCUUCUCUAAACUUUAUCCUCAUAUUCAACAUACAAAAAAACCCAGUUCUGUUGUUACCUAUAUAUUGGUAUCUCUGAGAAUACGGGAGUAUUCAUUCUUGUUUGUUUCAUAAUCUGCUUCUAAUUUAGCUCAGGAUACUGUAAUCUGAGGGGACACGGUGGCUCAGGGGCUAGGAUGUUGAGCUUGUCGAUCGAAAGGUUGGCAACUCAGCGGUUCAAACCCCUAGUGCUGCCGUGUAACGGGGUGAGCUCCCGUUACUUGUCCCAGCUUCUGCCAACCUAGCAGUUUCGAA